UACUGUUUAUUCAGUUUUUGCAUUUGAAUUGAGCUUCAUUUGAAUUUGCUUUUUUUAGGGUGCUUUCUAUUUUUAUCCGAAUAAUAUAUAGAGCUUCUGCUUUCACAUAUUUCAAUGGUUUCUCUGAAAUCACCAUGCCCAUGUGGGCUUGGAUUAGCAAACCCGGGUGAGUUUUUCACCUGGGUUUUUUGAAUUUUAGUCUUUCUUCAACAAUUUUCUUGAGAAUCCCUUGUGGCAAAAGUGGAAAUCCAUGGGGUUUCAGCAAAAUUUUGAGCUUUAACUGAGGUCAUUAUUGCCUUUUAAGGAUGGGAAGGGUUAAGCUAAAGAUAAAGAGAUUGGAAAGCAAUAGCAAUCGGCAAGUUACAUAUUCGAAAAGGAGGUCUGGAAUCUUGAAAAAAGCCAAAGAAAUUUCUGUACUAUGUGACAUUGAUAUUAUGCUUCUUAUGUUUUCCCCAAAUGGAAAACCAACCAUAUUCACCGGAGCACGCAGCAAUGUUGAUGAGAUUAUCUCAAAAUUUGCUCAACUAUCUUCUCAAGAAAGGGCAAAAAGGAAGUUGGAAAGCCUUGAGGUUUUGAAGAAAACUUUUAAAAAGCUUGACCAUGAGAUUAACAUUCAAGAGUAUUUGGAUGGAAGUGCUCCAUCAGUUGAGGAAUCCUGCAGCCAAGUCAGAGUUCUGCGAGCUCAACUAACAGAAUUGCACAAUAGACUAAGCUGGUGGAGUAACCCAGAGAAGGUAGAAGAUAUUGAGCAUCUCAGGCAGAUGGAAGGUUCACUAAGGGAAUCACUUACUAGAGUUCGUGCACUUAAGGAAAAUUUUGUGAAGCACCAGCUUAUGCCAUUAAAUUACUCAGGCCAGUUCCAGAGUGGAAUGCAAUUUCCGAUGACGAUGGAUGGUAACCAAGAUGGAACAACGCUGCCAUGGAUUCAAGAUAAUGAGAAUCAACCUGUGAUAUUGUCCAAGGACUCAGACUUUAUUACUCAGAGAGAUAUGGAAUACCCCAGAGACGCGUCCCUUCCCGGCUGUUCUGCACUCUUUACCACGGGAAAAGAAGCAGAGAUUGAUAAUACAGGAUUGAUAGAUAACAUCAACUGCCCCAGAGAUAUUACCCUUUCUAGCUGUUCUGGUUUAUUUAGCAAUAGUAAGGUAGAAGGGACCAACAAUACGGGAAAGAUGGAUAAUAUGGAAUGCCCCAGAGAUACAUCUCUUCCAAGCUGUUCUGGUUUAAUCGACCGAGGGAAAGAAACUGAGUUUCAUAAUGCAGAACAAGUUGAUAGUAUAACACAAGAAGGUAGUGCAAUGGAUGAUUUAAGUGCCAUUUCAUGCUUGAGAUUACAACUUGGUGGGGAACAACCAUACUAUCCAUAUAGUCAUCUAAACAUACCAGAACUCAACAAACUAGAGGUUGGACGAGAGGCAAAUUUCCAAGAGAAUCCCAUGACUUAUCAAAUGAAUGGGAACUUUGAAUUGCCUAGAUCCAUUUAUGCAAAUCUGGGCCAUCCUUGGUUCCCUGCAUCUGAUGACUGUGAGAUCAACAUGAUGAAUGACAAUCCAUUUACUCAGCCAUCAUCACAACACCCUUGACGAUGAGGAGGAAUGAUGAGUUGCGUUGCCCAUGCGCAGCAAGAGUGAUUUUGCUUGGUGUUUUAUAACUUCUUGAUCUUCACAAUCAGCAACAGAACUGGCCAAUUAUGUUGGUUCUUUAGCAUGUAGAGAUUUCAAAUAAGAGGUUAGCCUCUGCAAUAAGCCCCGUUGUUAUGGUUUCUUUGUUUCACUUUUGUUUUUUUGGAGAUAAAAUAGUCAAAAAAAAAAAAAAAAACCCUGCUGUUCUGGUUGCUGUUUAGCUUAUUUAGAAUUCCUUUAGGUAUUAGCAAAGGGAAAACGAAACGAAUUCUGUAGCAAACUUUGAACAAACUACAACAUUUUGUCCCAUCGCAUACUCGGUGUAAAUUCUGUUCUGUUGAUUGAUGUAGCUGACAAAAUAUGAAUGGUAAUUGCCAUCUUAGUUUCACUGUA